GAGUGAGACCUCGUCAUACCACCACGAAAACAGUGACGUACGUGCGCGCGAAUACAUCGACUAUCGAAAUCGCGUUAAAGCAGACAGUGUCGGCACGCGAUUGUUUCUUUGGACGUUUACCGUGGAUCAAAUGUUGUUGAGGGCGUGCAAUUGUGGCAAUUCCACAUUCCACCCCAUCUGAAGGGAGGGGGUCAUGCCCGAAAAAGAGGAGUUCGGAAUGUCUGCCGGGCUCCCAAUGCAAUUUCCCCAAGGUCCGUUCGGGGCUUUCCACGCGCCGCCACUGGAGCAGCGAUCCCCCGACGGUCGUUUCGUCUGGCCCCCCCAACCGCCUGGCGCGUUCCACCCGCCUCCGGGGGUAGGCGCGAGCCCAGGGAGCGGGAUCCUCUUGAGUAGGGAACUGCACCCCGCUUAUCGACUUCCGCCUCAUAUGGAGUACCUCUAUUCUCUGCAGCAUUCCACCGCUAAUUCCAUUCACGGACUUGGUCUCAGUUCGGAGUACCUGAACGCCAGAGGGCUGACGGAUCUUCAUCCCUCCUCCACCCUGGCCAGUAGCGAAUUUCCCUUUAGUCUGGACGGGUCCCGACUGAACAGUCCCCGUCCCGGUGGCGUACGUGCGUCCCGUAAACGGGCCCUCUCCUCCUCACCUUAUUCGGAUUCCAUCGACAUCAACUCCAUGAUCCGAUUCUCCCCUAACUCCCUGGCCUCGAUCGUCAACGGUUCCCGUUCUUCGUCGGCCUGUAGCGGGUCUUACGGGCACUUAUCUGCGGGCGCCAUCAGUCCGGCACUGCAAGGGCUGCACCCGGUCCUGCAGGCGCACCUGAUGCGAGCCGCGUCCGGCCCGCCUCCGCCGCUGUUGCCGCCACCGCCUCAUCAUCCCUCGACGCCCGUGUACUCGUUGCCGCCCCAUCAUCCGAUGCACCCCGUUGGUCAGCAGCAUCAACCGUUAAAGACUGAUAACACUAAUGACCGGAGAAAGUCCGAAAAUAGUACAAUAACGCACCUGGACAUAGACAGCUCUAACAGGAAGGCUAGGAUCAAGAAGGAGCCCCACGUGAUCCCCCACGUCACGGAAGCUCAGAACGAUCCGGCUGAUCCCAAAGACGAGCCGGGUGAUUUUAUAGAAACGAACUGUCAUUGGAAAGACUGCGGUACCGAAUUUGGCACGCAAGAUGAACUCGUCAAGCACAUCAACAACGACCACAUUCACGCGAACAAGAAAUCGUUCGUGUGCAGAUGGGAAGGUUGCUCGAGGGCGGAAAAGCCCUUCAAGGCGCAGUACAUGUUGGUGGUGCACAUGAGACGCCAUACCGGCGAGAAGCCUCACAAGUGCACAUUUGAAGGCUGCGUCAAGGCCUAUUCCAGACUGGAAAAUUUGAAAACGCAUCUCAGGUCGCAUACGGGCGAGAAACCUUACACCUGCGAGUAUCCAGGCUGUUCGAAGGCCUUCAGCAACGCGUCUGACAGGGCGAAACACCAGAACCGGACUCACAGCAACGAGAAACCGUACGUCUGCAAGGCCCCGGGCUGUACCAAGCGCUACACCGACCCGAGCUCGCUGCGCAAACACGUCAAAACCGUCCACGGCGCAGAAUUCUACGCGAGCAAGAAACACAAGGGCGGUCCGGACCAUAGCGGCGACGACGGACCCGCGGGUUUGGAUUCGAGUCCGCGUAGCGAAGACACCCAGAGCCACAAAACCGCGAGCCUCAGCAGUCCGAGCAUUAAAUCCGAAUCGGACGCCAAUUCGCCCGGCCAAGUGCAACAAGGUAGCCCUCUGGGGGCUACUCAACUAGCCGGUGGUGGUUUCGGGGAUGAUUUCGCGACGGACGGAGGGACCCUGCAGAGGACGGAAGAAGAAGAAUGGACUUACGACGCGGAAGACUUGGAGAUCGACGAGUUGCCGGUAGUGCUACGGGCCAUGGUCGGCGGCGGCGUGGCUGCCAGCGAGAGGGUUACUCCUCGUUUGAGGAUGAAACCCGCGGCGAGACCCAAGGGGCCGAUCGUUAACGCGCAACGGAAAAUCGCCGAUCUCAACACGAGAAUCACGAACCUGAAGAUGGAAGGCGGCGCGCAGCCGCAGGUGGUCAAUACCCAGGCUCAGAUUCGGAAAGACAGCAGUUCCACGGUGAGCUCGUACUACGGGAGCAUGAGGAGCGCCGACAUGAGCCGCAAGAGCAGUGUCGCUUCGCAGGUGUCUGGCAUGAGAACCGGCAUAGGUCCUGGCUCUUUUUACGAUCCCAUUUCUGCGGGAAGCUCUCGGCGCUCCAGCCAAUUAUCUACAGCCACUACGGGAGGCGCUUGCGUGCCACCCCCACCACCGUCUCAUCUUCUGGCUGGCCAACUACAGAAAUUGCAAAAUCUACCUGGCGCCACCCCGUCAAAUAAUUUAGUGCUGCAGACGCAAAACGCGAACUUGCAACAAACCGCCAUGCAGCAGUCGUGGCUGUCCGGUAUGGUCGCGCAGUCCGCAACCAGCACCGAGGGUAGACGCAUGUCUGAACCUUGCCACACCAUCAGCGACCGCAAAAGUCCCCAACCUCGACCGGCGUCGGUGACAUUAUCGCCGCUCAGGGGUACCGUGAACUCGUCCGACCUCCACCCCAACCAAGCGGUCGUGUUGGACGAAGUGGCCGAAGGAGAGAUGGUCGAAAACAAACUGGUCAUUCCCGACGAGAUGCUCAUCUACUUGAACCAAGUGGCCGACACCCACACCGCCGGCGACCUGACCGCCAUGAGUUGGUCGGAGACGGUCGCCCAGAACGUAGCGGACAAGCCUUUACCGAGCCCGGCGAGUUUCUGCAAAGUAUUGUCGCCCAUCAAUCAGCUGCUGCCUUCUCCCAAUCCGCCCGACCAUCUGAUGAUGUCGCCUACACCGUCGAAUCAACCGGGGAUGAUCGGCUCUCCUAUGGCUGCCAACCAAUUGCCAAUGGCGACCAAUCAGAUGAUGCCUUCUCCGUCGACGAAUUACCAAGUGAUGCCGUCACCGCCGUCGAUGUACGGCGACAUGCAGACCAUCCACUCGCCGGCCAAUCAAGCGAUGGCGUCGCCGGCCUCGAAUAUGAACCAAAUGGUUUCGUCACCCGUUUCGGUGAGAUGCCAGUCGCAGUUGCUGUCUCCCGGGAACACCGUGCACUCGAUGCCGAGUCCGGGUACCCGGAUGGUACCCCAAAACUGUUCCACCGGCCAGAUGAAACCGAUGAACCACCAGCAGUGCCUCAAUCGGGCGCCGAACCACAACAAUUGCUACGACGGGAUGAACUGGUGUCAGAAUAACGUCCCCGUGGUCGGGCAGCAGUUUGGCGGGAACCAGCACGCGGGCGGGUGCGGUUUCCAGCAGGCCUACACGAGUCAGUGCCAGAACCAGAUGCAGAUGAGCGGCGGGUACGUGACUGCGGGAGUGACGAGCAACUGCGUGAAUCACCACGCGGGUUACCAGCCGUGCAACGUGAACGGGUACGGCAGCAACGCGUGUCAUCCCAACACCAAGCCGAUGUCGGGCAACUUUAACGGGAAUUGCGGGAACUACCAGCCGAUGGGCAAUCCCGGGUAUUGCGUGCCCAACAGGGUCAAUCCUCUGCCAUCGCCAGCGAUGGCUACGACGGCCCCGUCCGACAUCAUGAGUCAGCCGCAAGCGGCUCAGAUGAGCCGACCGUGCGGCCACUACAACCAGGAUUGUUAUCCCUUUCAGCAACAAUUCAACCAGUGCAAUUCGAACCACAACAACCAGUGCGGUGCGAACCCCGCAGCCUGCGGCAACUGCAGGAAGAUAAAGUUCGGCCAAACUCAACCUAACAACGGUUUCAACGAUAACGAGGUGCAGUGCAAAGACAUCAGCCAGUCGGAAAUGAAUCAGAACGGAAACAACGCCACAGUAACGCUCGGCAUGAGAGAAGACGCGUAUCAGAGGACUUUGGAAUACGUUCAGAACUGUCAGUCGUGGGUUUCCAAUUCGGAUAUGGUGACGAGUACCACCCAUCCUCUCGGAAAGUGUACCGACCCCUCUAAUCCCAACAUGGUAGUAAACGACAUGACUUCUUCGUUGAGUUCACUAUUGGAGGAGAACAGGUACUUGCAGAUGAUUCAGUAGUCAAGAGCGUAAGAUAAAAUCUUUCGGGGGACUGUUUCUUGUGUCAAAAUGUCAAAUUUGCAUCCAAAGUGCAGGGGGUUAGUUUUACUUUCGAUUUUGGUUAGUUAAAGUGUCACUCAAUUACGUCAUCGUAACAAUCCUUAUGGUUUCUGUAUAGUUUAGGUUAUGGAUAGAGCUAUAAGCUCAUCCAUCACGAGGAUUGUUCCAUUCGUUAUGUUUUUCACCCAGGCAUUUAAGGUAUCGCUUUGAAUAGCGCGCCUCUAGCGGUAAUUUUAUGAAGCUAAGAUACAAUGCGGAUUUCACACCUAUUACGAGUCUGUCAACGGAUAUCGGGAUGGAUAUCUUUUUUAACCGCCGCAAAAGAAAAAAUGUAGGCAAAAAAAUUUGGUGCCAAUCAGGUACAUUUUUGAUUGUCAAAAUUUAUUUAUAGAACCGCAAAACAAGCAAUUCCAGCAAAAAAAUAUACGAAAAGAUAAAGAUUGCAGUUACAAUAUUUUUUUGACAUGUACGUUUAGCAGGCAGUGUGGAUUAUUAUCAAAUAUGUGUUUUACCUCAAUAUUUGGAUUUUUUUUAACAUCCGUCGGCUUUAUUUAGAGGUAGUUCGGCAUAUUAAAAAAAUUAUUGCGCACCGUUUUUUUCUUCUUGAAUAUUUUUCCAUAAAUGCUUAGUUUUUUCAAGUUAUAAACGCUUUAAUACUGUAAACUGCUGAGUAAAGGUUCCCAUACAUAUUAUAUUACUUGUUUCUCAAAGCGUCAGCAAUUUGUCUGUAUAAAACCACGGUGCGAACCACGUCGCUAGCUUUUUUGUCAUCUCGCUUGAAUAAAGUUUUUUAAAAAAUCAAAUUCGUUUUCCACGACGAAAACUGGCGCAGUCGGUAGGAUUUUGGUUAUAUUGAUUAAACAUC